AUGGUCAAGGUAGAAAUCGGCGGACGUCCUAUUCUGGAAAUACCAGGCGUCGACAUAGGCGAGCGUAAAAUCAACAAGAACACCCGUCUGACCCGCAGCUUCACCAAUAAAGAUGGCUCAGUCCGGACCGACUCUAGCAGGAUCAAUUUCAACUGGACUCAAAGUGUCACAUCUCGUCUAGUAAUUACAAGCGACACUGACGACUUCGACGAGGAGAUCCUGUCACACUACAAGGAGGAAGGCUUUCAGAUCUGGUACAUGCCAUACGGUGGGGAUAAAGCCGCAUAUCAGAAACAGCUACAGCACUUACCUGAUCCGCUUGAGCUGGGAGAGACCUAUGCCAUUGUCGCGUAUGGUGAUGCGGCCGCUCUCGUUCUGGAAAGUGCUAUGAGACCUAUGUCGAAACUAUGUGCGGUAGUUGCGUACUACCCGCCAUACAUGCCGAAGACAACAGCCAACUUUCCACCUUCGCUGAACCUGACCAUACACCUGGCUGCAGACCAGAAGUUCGGCACAAGACAUCAGCGAAACUACCGAUACCCUGGUACACAGUCUGGAUUUGCCGAAAGCGACCUGGGAGAAUAUGACAAACCAGCCGCACGAGUCGCUUGGUCACGUACCCUCGCAACUCUAAGACGAGGCUUCGGUAUUGAUCCAGAUCUUGAAAGUGUCUGGGACUAUCACCAGAGAUUGAGGGACGCUAUACCCGAAAAGGACGACGAGGACGAAGUGGACGAGCUGAUGGAAACCAUGGCUCCAGACUGUGCAGUCAACCACGUCCCCACCAUGACAGGAGGCGUGGGCAAGAACAGGCUGAGGAGAUUUUACAGCGAAUUCUUCUCAAAGAGUCGACCGAAGGACUUUAAAACGAAACUGCUGUCUCGCACAGUCGGCACUGAUAGGAUAGUAGAUGAGAUGCUCGUGACGUUCACGCACAACAUAGAGAUGCCAUGGAUCCUGCCUGGUGUACCUCCAACUGGCAAGGAAGUCGAGAUUGUGGUCGUUGUGGUCGUGGCUAUUCGAGGCGAUAAGGUAUGUGCGGAGAACGUACACUGGGAUCAGGCAAGUGCGCUGUUGCAGGUUGGACUGCUGGACCCGAAAUAUGUGCCGAAGUCGUUCAAGACGAAAGACCAGGCUGAAAGGGAAGUACAGCAUCUGCCUGUGCUUGGCGCAGAAGCUGCGAAGAAAGUCGCGGACGAAGAAAAAGGGAGGAGUAAUCGACUCAUACCAGGCUGGUAG